AUGAGUGCGGCGGACGUGUUCCUCUAUCAGCAGAGCUUUCCAUCUUACUACGGACAGCAGUACGCUGUCAGCCCGUCAUCGUUUGAACAGAAUCGACUGGAGAGUUACUUCAGCGGACACAACAACUAUCCGGCAUCACAAGGCAAUAGUGGAACGUUUUUCGAAACAGAACACAACGAUAUCUACCUAGAGCGUUCGGAACUGUACUGUUCCACCGGUGCCAUCGCCAGCAGUGACAGUGGAAGUCCAGCAUCCACAGACUACGAGGACCCACAGCUGCGUCUUCUACAAAGUCUCACCUCAGAAGACAGCAGCAGCAGCAGCAGCAGUAGUGCUGGUUCAGAAUGUGACAACCCGGCGACGCCUGCAGCUUCAGUUCCCGUCAAGAUCAAAACCAAACGUGGCGGUGUCGUGCCAACGGUUGUGAGGAAAAAGCGUCGUCUAGCUGCUAAUGCUCGCGAGCGAAAGCGUAUGAAGGGAUUGAACGAAGCGUUCGAUCGGUUACGGCAAUAUCUACCCUCGCUGGGCAAUGAUCGACAGCUGUCCAAACACGAAACACUGCAAAUGGCACAAUCGUACAUCAGUGCGCUGGCGGAGCUGUUAGAUUAG